AAGGCCAGUGGACUUCCCUCCGCUGUAUUUUGGACUACUUGGACGCAUUCUCUUCCUUUCAGAUCCUUAGUCUUCCACCCCCUCGGAGAGGAAUUGGCAUUCUUCAGUGCGAAAGUUUUUCCGGGUGCUACAACUGCCUUAGCUUUUACACAUCUGCAGCUGCUGCCCUCAAAAUGUCCUCGGUCGGCUGUGAACCUGGGAUUCUCAUACCUGCAUCCUCAGACAGAUUUAAGGAUGAGACUUGCUCCGGAGUGCAUUCUGCCCCAGAGAUAGCUCCUGAGCAUGUCUCUGGGAUCAGCAAUGCCCAGGACCCCUGCAUUGUACAUGCCUGUGAGUCCUGCACUUGUGUUGUUCCCAACAGCGAUUACCUCUGCAAUCUCUGCAGUAAAGAGAGACCUCGGAGACAGCCACCUUCAGAACCUGGUCACUGUGGGGUACAGAAGGUCCCUGAGAACAAAGGGAAGUGCCAGUUGUUUAGUGAAACACCGCCCAGGGGUCAAUGCCUUCUCUACAACUGGACGGAGGAGAGAGCCACCAACUACUUGGAUCAAGUCCCGAACAUGCAAGAUGGCUCUGAGGGUUACUACUUCCGACAUGGACACCAGGGGCUACUGACACUGCAGGCACCCGCACCACUUAGUACCACCCAGAGAGACUCGUACCUGUACCCAAGACAGCACGAGCAGCCAACUAAAGGAAAGCGUGAAGCCAUGAUGGAGAUACUCCUGUGCCACCAGAUACGUAAAGAGAUGCAGGCAGAAGAAGAGGAGCCCACCAGGGCACAAUGUGAGGUAGAGUCUGUAACACACCGAGACUACAAAAGGGAGCUGACCUGGGCAGGGUCUCCAGCCCCCACAAAGCCUCACAACUACCAGCAGGAGCAGCCUGAAACCUUCUGGUUACAGAAAGCAUCACAUCUGCCCGGUAUCACUUACAUCAGAACAUUGGACACGCCAUUCCGGAAGAACUGCAGCUUCUCAACACCUGUGCCCUUAUCUCUAGGGCAACCUCUGCCUUUUGAGUCUGAAGACUCAUAA